CGCGCGGCCUACUGCGGGGCCUGGCCCGCCCCCCGCCGCCGGGCUCGGCCGGGCUUGGCGCCCCGCCUUCGCGUCGCCUGCCUCUGCUACUGCCAUCAGUCCGAGACGGAGCGGGGAGUUAGAAUGGAACAGACUGAAGGCCCUAUGAGAAAAAGGGAAAGCUAAGGAUGCUGGAGCAGAACAAUGGAUUUCUCCUUCUCUUUCAUGCAAGGGAUCAUGGGAAACACAAUUCAGCAACCACCUCAACUCAUUGACUCGGCUAACAACCGCCAGGAGGAUGCUUUUGAUGCCAGCAGCGACAUCACGGAAGAUGGCAGGCAGACACCCUAUGAAGCAGCGCUCUCCUUGCAGCAAGGCUUUCAGUAUCCCACGCCAACCACGGAGGACCUCCCACCCCUCAUUAACGGAUUCCCACCAAUCAGCAUGUACGAACCCCAAGCCAAAUAUCAGUCCUACAGUCAGUAUCCCAAUGGCUCGGCUAACGGCUUUGGCUCAGUUAGAAACUUUAGUCCACCUGAGUAUUAUCAAAUGGAGAACUCUAACUUAAGACCGCAUGAGAUCCUGGAAAAGCAGUCUCCUCCCCAGCCUCCACCUCCUUCGGUAUCCCAAACGGUGAUCCCAAAGAAGACUGGUUCCCCAGAAAUCAAAUUAAAAAUAACCAAAACUAUUCAGAACGGCAGGGAAUUGUUUGAGUCCUCUCUGUGCGGGGACCUUUUAAAUGAAGUACAAGCGAGUGAGUAUGCGAAGCCGAAACAUGAAGGGAGGAAAGAGAAAAGGAAAAAAAGUAACAAACACGAUGCCUCCCACUCAGAAGAGCGCAAAUCACAUAAAAUUCCAAAACUAGAGCCAGAGGAACAAAAUAGACCAAAUGAAAGAAUUAGCAACCAAUCUGAAAGACCAAGGGAAGAACCAAUAGUGUUGGAUGAAACUCCGGUACAGGAAGCCUCCCCUUCUCCCCCAACACCAGUCGUGAGCGAUGUCACGUUUGAGGUGGGAGAUCUUGUCUGGUCCAAAGUGGGGACAUAUCCAUGGUGGCCCUGUAUGGUUUCAAGAGACCCACAACUCGAGGUUCAUACCAAAAUCAACACAAGAGGUGCGCGAGAAUAUCAUGUUCAGUUCUUCAGCAACCAGCCUGAAAGGGCCUGGGUACAUGAAAAGAGGGUACGGGAGUACAAAGGACGCAAACAGUAUGAUCAGUUAGUGGCAGAGGCUACUAAGCAAGCCAACCAUUCUGAAAAACAAAAGAUCCGGAAACCAAGGCCGCAGAGAGAGCGGGCGCAGUGGGAUAUUGGCAUUGCCCAUGCUGAGAAAGCUUUGAAAAUGAGCCGGGAGGAGAGGAUAGAACAGUACACCUUCAUCUAUGUAGAUAAAGAGCCCGAGGAAGCUUUGACAAAAACCAGGAGGACUGUUGUGCCAAAGAUGGAGGCUAGAAAGAAUCGGCGCUCUAAACCAUCGCCUAGUCCCCAGCCAGAACCAGCCAGCGAGGCUUCGCCAGCAUCCUCUCCAUCCAAUACUGAGGUGCGGAGGCAUAGUCAGAGACGGCAAUCCAGUGUGGAAGAAGAGCCGCCUCCGGUGAAAAUAGCAUGGAAGACUGCUGCAGCCAGGAAAUCCUUACCGGCAUCAAUUACCAUGCACCAGGGCACCUUGGACCUUCAGAAAUGUAAUAUGUCUCCAGUUGUUAAAAUUGAACAAGUUUUUGCUCUUCAGAAUGCUGCUGGGAAUGGAAAGUUCAUUGAUCAGUUUGUUUACUCGACCAAGGGUUUAGGAAGCAAACCAGAAAUAAUAAUCAAGGGGCAUGACAAACUUACUUCUGUCUCAAGCCAGAGAAAUGAGAGAGCCUCUUCGCAGAGGUCGCCUUCUCCGGAGACAUCUUCUGGGUUGGCAAGUUCUGUAGAAAAGAAGCAACAGCGAAGAUCAAUACGAACUCGCUCAGAGUCUGAGAAAUCCACUGAAGUUGUGCCAAAGAAGAAGAUCAAAAAGGAGCAGGUAGAAACAGCCCCACAGACAGCACUGAAGACGGGAUUACAGAAAGGUGCCAGUGAGAUUUCAGAUUCUUGUAAGCCUUUAAAGAAAAGGAGCCGUGCCUCAACAGAUGUGGAACUGACUAGUUCGGCAUACAGAGAUACAUCUGAUUCUGAUUCAAGAGGGCUGAAUGACCUACAGGGUAGCUUUGGAAAGCAGUCGGACAGUCCGUCAGCUGCGGCAGAUGCAGAUGCUUCUGAUGUACAGUCUGUGGACUCAAGUUUAUCAAGAAGAGGUUCUGGGACAAGUAAGAAAGACAGCAUUUGUCAGAUUUGCGAAAGUUCUGGCGAAUCCCUCCUAUCUUGUGAAGGCGAGUGCUACCGAGUCUUCCAUACCGAAUGCUUAGGCCUGAGCUCACAGCCUGAGGGGAAGUUCAUCUGUAUAGAGUGCAAAAACGGGCAGCACACAUGCUUUUCCUGCAAGCUCCCUGGUAAAGACGUGAAGCGUUGCUCUGUCAAUGCCUGUGGCAAAUUCUACCAUGAAGCCUGUGUGCGCAAGUUCGCCACCACUGUCUUUGAGUCCCGGGGAUUCCGUUGCCCACAGCACUGCUGUACUUCCUGCUCUGUAGACAAGGAUAUUCAUAAAGCAAGCAAAGGUCGCAUGGUGAGAUGUUUGAGGUGCCCCAUUGCCUAUCACUCGGGAGAUGGCUGUAUUGCUGCGGGAAGUUUGUUUGUGUCAUCCCACAUUCUCAUCUGUAGUAACCAUUCCAAAAGGAGCAAUCACUCUUCAUCAGCUGUAAAUGUAGGCUUUUGUUUCGUUUGUGCAAGAGGGCUGAUAGUGCAGGAUCAUUCAGACCCCCUGUUCAGUUCAUAUGCCAAUAAGUCCCACUACCUACUGAAUGAAUCAAAUCGUGCUGAGUUGAUGAAAUUACCUAUGAUUCCUCCUUCUUCGUCAGCUUCCAAAAAGAAAUGUGAGAAAGGUGGGAAACUGUUGUGCUGCGAAUCCUGCCCUGCAUCCUUCCACCCGGAAUGUCUUCACAUAGAGAUGCCAAAUGGCUCCUGGAAUUGCAAUGACUGUAAAGCUGGCAAGAAGCUGCGAUACAAGCAGAUUGUGUGGGUCAAGCUUGGAAAUUACAGGUGGUGGCCAGCUGAGAUCUGCAACCCCAGGUCUGUUCCUCUCAACAUCCAGGGCCUCAAGCAUGAUAUCGGGGACUUCCCAGUAUUUUUCUUUGGUUCACAUGACUACUAUUGGGUACAUCAGGGCAGAGUCUUUCCUUAUGUUGAAGGAGACAAAAGCUUUGCAGAAGGGCAAACUAACAUUAACAAGACCUUCAAGAAAGCACUUGAAGAAGCAGCAAAACGCUUCCAGGAACUCAAAGCACAAAGAGAAAGCAAAGAAGCACUUGAGAUUGAGCGGAAUUCCAGAAAGCCACCGCCCUAUAAACAUAUUAAAUCCAAUAAAGUAGUAGGGAAGGUUCAGAUUCAAGUUGCAGACUUAUCGGAAAUCCCUCGGUGCAACUGUAAGCCGUCGGAUGAGAACCCCUGCGGGCUGGAGUCCGAAUGCCUCAACCGGAUGCUCCAAUACGAGUGCCACCCUCAGGUUUGCCCCGCAGGAGAGGGUUGCCAGAACCAGUGUUUUACCAAAAGACUCUAUCCAGAGGCAGAAAUUAUAAAGACGGACCGACGCGGCUGGGGUCUUAGGACAAAGCGGAAUAUUAAAAAGGGUGAAUUUGUCAAUGAGUAUGUGGGUGAAUUGAUUGACGAGGAAGAAUGUCGGUUGCGGAUCAAACGGGCCCAUGAGAACAGCGUGACAAAUUUUUAUAUGUUAACUGUUACAAAGGACCGCAUAAUAGAUGCUGGCCCAAAGGGGAAUUACUCUCGCUUUAUGAACCACAGCUGCCACCCCAACUGUGAAACCCAGAAGUGGACGGUGAAUGGGGAUGUCCGAGUUGGGCUUUUUGCUGUGUGUGAUAUUCCUGCAGGGAUGGAGUUAACAUUUAACUAUAAUCUGGAUUGCCUGGGGAAUGGCAGGACUGAAUGCCAUUGUGGAGCAGAUAACUGCAGUGGAUUCCUAGGAGUGCGGCCAAAGACGGCAUGUGCAACUGCAAACGAAGAGAAGGCGAAAAAUGCAAAAUUGAAGCAGAAGAAGAGGAAGAUAAAGACAGAGCAGAAGCAGAUGCAUGAGGACAACUGUUUCCAGUGUGGAGAUGGGGGUGAAUUGGUCAUGUGUGACAAAAAAGACUGUCCCAAAGCGUACCACCUCCUCUGCCUUAACCUGACGCAGCCACCAUUCGGAAAAUGGGAGUGUCCGUGGCACCAGUGUGAGAUCUGUGGCAACCCGGCCACUUCAUUCUGCGAGUUCUGCCCUCACGCUUAUUGCAAAGAGCAUGAAAAGGGAGCCCUCGUGGCCUCGGCCUUGGAGGGCCGCCCAUGCUGCUCCGAACACAACCCUAAGGCCCCUGUGGCGCCAGAAUACUGGUGCAAGAUCAAGCGCCGGUUGGAACAACAGAAUCCCGAGGAAGAGGCGAAGGAAUGAACUGGUUUUCCCAAGGCUCCCCCCAAAAUGAAACACCCCACUCACUCGGUGGCUAAUCAUUGUGAAUUGAGAUAAUAAUGUGCCAUGGGACCCUCAGACUUUGUGUCUUUAGGACUGCCUCCAUAUAGCGCAAGCAGGGACCGUAUGGCCUGGCAUGGCAGUCAGAAGCCUGUGGCAUCAAAGGUGAUCAGAUCCGUUAUCCCGCAACCAUGUCCUUUUGGGCUCUCGAAGAAGCGUCUUGCAAUGUUUAUGGUUAGAAGAAGAUAUCUUUUUCUGACAUUGGGUGGGGAGGGGGGAAGACAUCAAGUUUCAAGUAUGUUCUUUCAGUGUAGGAACCAAACAUUGCAAAAAUAUUUAUUUAUUUAAUUUGUAAUGGACAUUUUGAGAGUUUCUGGUCCUAUUGCAGUCAGUGUGUUUAUAAGGAAUAGCAGCGCCACCAGCUUGUAUCUUAUCUGUGUAUCUAUACGCCCCACCCCCAAUACUCCACCCUUCAAAACGGUUUAGUUUUGGAACUAAAAAAGCUGCUCUGCUCACUGUUUGUGGGAGGUGAAUGGAAAGUAUAUUUUGGCAAUUGACGGUGAGAUGCUUUCAUUCCGGGAACUUUUCUGAGACAGGAAAAUUAUGUAUGUAACUUUAUUUUCCAGAGCAUGAAUGAUGAUAUCAGUGUCCAAGGCUCUCCCACAGGAAACUAGACAUGGCCCCCUUACCUUUGAAGCGCACUCUUUUUGACACUACAUUUCCAGAAACUUCAAAAAAGCACUCUCUGCAGGGAACGUCUGAUGUGCAAUGUUCGGGACCCCAACUUUCUUUCAGGAGAGUCUCCUUUCAGUAGGCUAUGUCCACAAUACUCCUCUAAUGAUCGUGUGAAAAAAGACAUAAGGCAGCAUGAGGUUGCCUUAGGUUUUGCUCCGUGUCCAGUUCAUUUAUGCAUAUGUCACUUUUCUGUGGAAUUUUAGGGUGAUGAAGCAGACAGGUUUAGAAAAGAUGACUUUUCUUGUUUGCUGCCAAACUCUUGACUUCACAGUUUGUGCUUUCAAGCUCUUCCCAUCGCUGGGAUCUAAUUGAUUCUUACUCUGGGGAUCAUGUACAGAGCAGGAUUUGUAAUUUUCCCACCAAUAUAAGACCUGAUUAUGAUUUACCUCUACAAUUUUAGAGGCAAAAAUUGGCACAUUCGUACAUGAUUCAGUAGCCUUGUUUCCCUGCUCCGUGUUUCUUUUUUCAGAAGCCUCAGGGUGCUGGGUGUUUAGAGUUUUCAUUCUGGGGCUCUGUCACUGGUGUAUUGUUCACUUUGGUCAAAUGGGAUCUCUCCAUUGAAUAAGGAUGGUCAGUCCUUGAAAAUAAUGUUUGCGUAUUUCAGUAACUCUCUUGUUAGUAGCUCUUCCCAAUGCAACAACACAGCACUGAAAUGCUAAAAUCCUCAGACACAUUCUCCUAGUAAAUACUCUUAAUCUUUCCUGAAUAUUUUUUCCCUUUUUUAUGAUGACCCAUAGCUAAUAAUUCAUGUUAUUAUCAGGCAUAGAUUUGCCAGUACUGGAAAACAGCUAGCAGGCCGGUAUCUUCUUAAGGUUCUUUGAUUUCCUUGCUUGGGUUUUCCAAUAAGGCUCUUUUUUCUACCUGUUUUAAUACUUUGUAAUCUAAGGGAAAAGAAAGCACAGCUUCUUUUUACCCUAUUUCUUUAUAUGUUUAAACAUAAUGACACCACGUUUCUUUGAAUCCCCAUAAGAGUCUUUUGACCCUUAUGGGAUUCGGUCGCUCUUGAAUAUUUUGUAGUUUUGUUGCAUUUUCCUGUCAAUAUUUGUUCGCCGGUUGAACGGUACUGAGCCCGAAAGGAAGAUGCAAAGGAUUUGAUAGCAAAGGGGUGGGUGAGUAUAAAACACUACAUUUUUGUGUAUAUUAAAACCUAGACUUUAGUUUGCUGAUUGUAUUGUUUGUCAGAUUUUCUUGCUCACUUUUAUUUUAAAAUAUAUAAAUAUAUUUGUUUUUCCCCAGUCUAACAUUUCAAGUUUAUAGAGAUGUUCUUCAAAUGGAGUUUUGCAAAUGCUACACGUAUUGCGCUUAUUUCAUACACUACUGUCACUUAGAAUCAUAGAAUUGGAAGAGUCCUCUUCUGCCAUCUAGUCCAAACUCCUGCCAAGAAGCAGAAAAAUUGCAUUUAACGCACCCCCAACAGAUGGCAAUGCCUCUGUUUGAAAGCCUCCAAAGAAGGAGCUUCCACCACACUCCGGGGCAGAGAGUUCCACUGCUGAACAGCUCUCCCAGUUAGGAAGUCCUUCCUAAUGUUCAGGUGGAAUCUCCUUUUCUGUAGUUUGGAGCCAUUGUUCCACAUCCUGUUCUCCAGCUUUCAACAAACUUGCCACCUCCCAUCACAUGACUUCCCAUCACAUAUUUAUACUUAAUAGAUAUGAAUGGCCAAACAGUUCCCAAAUCCUCUGAUAAUGUAUUUAAGAGGGCAAAUAGUUCCGAAAACUUGACUUUGUUAGACAACAAACACCAAUUAUAAAGUGUUGAUGGUAUUUUGAAAUGUAGCUACUGAAUCAACUGUGGACAGAACUGGCUGUACUCAUGAAAACACCCCGUAUCUUAGGAUACCCCAUGUUAUUUUAGAACCUUAUAAAGCAUCUCCCCAGUUUUCCAUACCUUUCAGUCCUAGCCUUUUCAUACACUUUAGAAGAAUAAAAGGGAACCUGUUGUACUUAAGUGUAAGGCCCUGCGGCUCUAUGGGAGUGAUAUUCAGAAGCAUCAUGGUUGCUUACAUGUCAGUUGUGUACAGGGAUUGUGUACAGUGUAGAAUUGACUACUGUUCGGUUCACAAAAGACCUCAAUUCCCAUUAAGGCAAAUAGCAACUUAAUCCUAUCCUUUGGAUAAAUGGGCACUCCAUUGCCACGUCACUUUACAAUAUAUAUGACUAUUUCCUCCACUAAAAUGUACAAAGUGGAAGGCAAGGUGGUAUUAUUAGUGAUAUCAUCGUCAUUAUAAUUAUUGAUCAUUAUUAUCAUGCUAAGACAUUGUAGUUCCCUAGGCCAAACAUGAUGGUUUUUAAAAUUGCAUUAAUAAUCCUUGAUUUCAACUGAUAGGUUUUAAAAAGUAUCAGGGAGGGAUAUUUUUUUCCUGUUUGAAAUGCAGAGCUUUAGUAAUCAAGGUGACAUAUAUAUAUACACACACACUAAUCAUGGAGGAAAGAGAACAAGCAAUGGCACUGUGUUUUUUUCAGAUGUGCCAUGAUCUCCCCUCCCUCCUGCUUAUGGUUUAGGUGACUUGUCUCUUUCAAAUAGACAAUUGCUAAAGUAAUGACGGAGAUGAAGUUGAAGCUCUAUGUGUGUGAAGACUAGCUUUCUUAGAACAUGGUGCUGCCUUGAGUCCCUAUAUUGGGAUAAAAUUAAAAUAAAUAAUAUUAAUUUGUCUACAGGCAGGGAAUGUUGCAGCUGCUUGGCAGAUAACAUCCUCCUUUCUCCUCUGCUACUCCUCUUAAGAUAAGGCCUAAGAUUGUCUUCAGUGAAGAAACAUUUAGCAAAUUUAAUACAGCUCUAGACAUAUUUAGUGUAAGUCUCCAACAAAUGUUGCAGUCCUCCGUACUCUAAGGAAUGAGCUCUACUUAGGCCAGAAGUAUUUAUUUUUAAGUAAACAGGAGGAAUUUAGUGCAACUUGCUUUUAGUGCUGGCAUAGGCUUUGUGUACAACCAGUUAGAGCUUGUUUUACCCCCUAGAGAGCAUGCAGCUUAACUGGGGUCUACAAAACUACUGCAUCUUGCUUUUCCUGUUACCUUUCCCAUCAAGAAAAUGUUUUUAGUUUAGGAUUGCUACCUUCAGAACACUGGUGUUCAAAGGUUGUGCUGUGUGGACCCAUGUCAGUCCACAAGCUAUUGGCUAUUGAUAUGCAGAGAGUUCCCAGUAGAAAAAAUAACAAAUGUUGACCAAUGGAUACAAAUAUGGUAUUAAUAGCUGGCACGUUUAAGGGGGAAACAUAGAAUCAUAGAGUUGGAAGAGACCUCGUGAGCCAUCCAGUCCAACCCCCUGCCAAGAAGCAGGAAAAUCGCAUUCAAACCAGUCCUCAAAAUCAGAGAGCAUAAGAAGAACAUCACAGAAGUAUUUUGGUUGUAUUGCUAUUUUGCCAUUCACUAGAGCAGACCUUUCAAAACAUUUCAUGUUGGUGAUGCACCUUGUAGCCAUGCAUCGCUUCGCAACACAGCCAUUUAGUUUUACUGGCAAACCAGAGGUUAGACCAACCCCUUUAAAGAGAUUCGGAUGCCAACAUAAACUGUAAUAACGAAAUGUAUGGGGACACGACAAAUCUAAUGAAAACCUUUCAUUAAUGUUUUUUAAAGUAUAUGAUAUAUUGGUUAUUUCACAUUUAUGUUCGCAUGACACAUGUGCAUGCUGCAGCUGACACACAAAUGUGUAGCGACACACAGUUUGGAAAGCUCUGCACUUAGACUGCUUUAUAGAAGCAUAGUCUCUUAGAGAUGGAAAGGACUACAAGGGCAAUCCAAUCUGAUCCCUUGCCAUGCAGAAAUAUGUAACUUAAUCACUCCUGAAAAAUACCUCUCGAAUCUUGAAGACCUCCAAAAUUGGGUAGUCUCUUUCCCUCAAAGGCAGUCUGUUCUGCUAUUGGACAAUUCUUGCUGCCAGUAAAUUCUUCCCCAAUUUCACAUGUCAUUUAAAUCUAUUGGUUCAUGAUCAAAAAAUACAUUUACUCUGUCUUAUAUAUGGCAUCACUUCAGAAGUUUAAAGAUAGUUUUCAUGUCCCCCCUCACAUUGUCAUUUUGGUGACACAGGAGCAUGAUCAGGUUAUAUCAAAGUACUGUGACAACUGAAAUGAUUUACUUCUAUCUCCAAAAAAGAUUAGAGAGUAAUAAAGGCCAGUUUUGAAACUUUAGAUUUGUUCACUAGGUAUCUCCUGUGGGAAGAGAGAUCAAACUGCUUCUGCUACAUGUUUCUAUAACUGCACAUUUCUUGUGAAAUAUAUUUUUCACAGCAUGUCAAAAGAGUGGAGACUCUAGAAACCCUGAUGGCGUUGGUGAUCCCUACAAAUGAUCUUUAACCUAGUUUGGUCAAGUCUUGGGGAGAAAGCAUAACUCAACUCUUGGGCUAGUUGCAUGGACAACCAACCACAUGUGUUGCUGUCUUUGCAUUGCUUCUUCGUUCAUCAUGGUUCGGGCUGUAUUUCAUGAAGAUAUGAAUGUGCUACUUAUUGCUCUAGAGGUUUGCAGCAAGAGAAAAUAGGUUCUGUAAAGAUAACAUAUGUACCAUGGGGUUGUUAUUGUACAUCCAAGAGAGGUGCGCACUCCAUACAUUAUGUUUGAGCAGCUCUUAAAAGUCUACUUAAAAUGCAGUGUGAGUAGAACUAAAUUUAAAAUCUUGUAUUAAGAUGAAGUAAAGCAUUGGGGGCUGUUGUGCUUGGACUCUUCUAACAUGUACAGGUGGCUUUGCUAUCAUGUAAUUAUUAGUAUGUCAUUGGCAACAACCUUCUAACCCAAUAGGUGACUGUAUAUACUGCGACGUUAUGGGUGAGGUUGGAAGGGGGAGAAUGUCUGCCGCUGGUACGAAUUAUGUCACUUUAACAUUGGAAUCUCUGCCUCAUUGAAUUCAGGGUUUAUAUGUACUUGAAGCCGUUUCCAUUCUUACUUUUACAGCUUGUGUUUUAUUUAUAUGUUUUAUAUCGCUUUGUGAAAAUUCCCUUGUACUUUGCCAUGAUUUCCAUUUCCAUUGCCCAGCUUGGAUGCAAGGUGGACUGAAAGGACAUGGAAAAUGUGUUUUAUGUCUGUGUAUGGCUUUGCUACGCUAUUUUUUAAAAAGAGCAGCGUUAUAACUUCUCAAGAUAUUUUGCUUUCCCUUCGUUCUCCUCCCUUACACCGUUCAGGAAGAAUAUAUAUGUAUGUAUAUAUCUACCCUUCUCGAACUUCUGGUAGCUUUAGGGGUGGCGUUGACCAACUCAACAUCCUAUUCCGUCCUAUUGAGGGAUAUAAACUGUGCUGCAGAUAUAAUGGGCUGAGCCAAGUUACUUCGGGGUUUUGGGCAAGAAGAGAUGGAGCAAAUUUUGAGGAAGCCUAGGAUUACAAUCAGCCAAAAAUUCAUUCUGUAAGGUUGGUUUAGAAACCUUCAUUUCAAAGGAAAAUGCCUGAAAGCACUUCUUGGCAGAUUGUGUUCCUACAUUUGCAGUCAUAUGUAACUAUUUCAAGGUAAAUAAAGGUAAAAUAAGCUACCACUUUGCCAAACCUGUUCCCGAAGUCACUGCUUCCAGAAGUAGUAUUCGAGUCAGGCACUUAAUAUUAUUCUGUUUCUAUUGACUUGGAGAAAUUAGAUCAUUAUAUUAAAUCCCAUUCGGAACAACAAGCCCCAGCCAUCUCUACAAAUUAUGUCUCUGCCCAAACUGGGCGAAAACUUCCAAUUUGCCUAAUAUUCCUCCAUCUUGAUCCGUAUCUAGUAAAGUGUCAUUUCCCUGCCGUCUUAAAGCAGGUAACAUUGUGUUGCCAUUGAAAACCAAGGUGGUAAAAAUAGCUAUGAUGACUGUAACAAGACUGUAUUUUUUAUUGUUGAUAAGGAUAUGUGCUUAUUCUGGGGUUGCUAUUGAAGGGAAAAAAGAAAAUCCAUUUGUACCCACACAUGUGAUAAUUGCACAAAGGACACACUGAUACCAACAAUUUGUCUCCAUUCCUGUGUACUCUUUAUCUGUAACAAUGACUUUGUAGAAUCGUUCUUUCUGUAGACCUUGUUACGACGUACCAAACUUUGUAGAUUCUGUGAAAAAUGUUAUUUUAACAAAUAUCACCAGAGUCUUUAAUAGCGGAAUCGUGAAUAUUCACUUUCGAAAACCCCCAAUUAUCUUAGGAGUUUCUCAAAGGCAAAGAGAAGCUCUGGACACUAAUAAAUAGUGUUAAUUUUCCCGGGGGUGUUCCAUGGGGACAUUACUGUAUUAUGACUUGAUGUUGCUGCGUAGACUUUUGAGACCUAACAACAUUUUUGGAGGGUUUUGUUGUUAUAGCCUAUGUUCUCUUGCAUAGUGUGAAAUCUACAAAGCUUGGUUUAACCUGUACAUAGAUAGCUCAUUGUUUACUAGUCAUAGUGUAUCUAGAAAUUGCUUGUAAUAUUUUAGCUUCUUCUUGAAUGUGAGUGACGGUAGGAACAUAUAAUUUUUGUACAUUAUAUUUACUGAGAUGUUGCCUUUUUAUUUUACAAAUACUUUGGGAUUCAGAUGUGUUUUUGCUUCUGUGAGAAAUUAAUUUGGAAAGGUUUUUAAAAUGACAUUCCACUGAUUUAAAUCUUUGCUUGAGGUUGACUUCAAUAAAUUGUUCUGAAUGUUCCAGUUAA